GGUCUCUUGUAACUUUGGAAACAUUUGGGAGUCGCCGCUGUGCGUGUUGGGAAUGUUUCUGUGUCCCAUAUCCAGUUAUCAAACACUUAUGAAAACUAUGACUGUAAAUGACUGUACCUUUGGACUAAGCUAUGAGAUAACGAUAUCAGCGCGCAGUCAUGGCAAUGGCAGACAUUGGACAACUUGCCUCACCGGUUGUAUUGCCUUUUGCUGUCUGGCUUUUUGUUGGCACAUCUUUGGUGUUAAUCCGUCUGUGUAGAGUAUUGUAGCGAUCAAUGUGAUGAUAGCGCACCACUUCAGUUCGCAGGCGAGGUUCGCACGGACCCUGCCAAAUAUGCAAGACUGGGGUACUGCAUUUUGUUUCAGAUACAAAUCAAUAAAAAUACAAGUUCAAAAGCUGACCUUGGACAACGCAGUAUGAAUAGUGCGCUGCCGUUUAUUGGUGACGCGGCAUUUGUUCAUAGGUUUCCGAUCGACGGCUAGUCGUACCAGCAGAAUAGAAAAGAGAAUACUUGAACCAUUUACAUCGGUGUUUGAUUGAGUGAGAAGCCGCGGAUAUUGGAUAGAAUUCAUAAUGGAGAUUCUCUCGGCCUUGACCGUCCUCGAUGUUCGGUCGCUUCUUCUUGGGGUUGCCGUGUUUCUCGUCGUGUUUCGGUUCCUUCGUCGACCGCGGAAUCUGCCUCCCGGGCCCUGGGGCUGGCCCUUUCUGGGAAACCUCCCACAACUAACGUGGUACGGAGGCGAGCUGCACGAGAACAUCUCGAAGCUGACUGCCAGAUAUGGUAAGGUUGUAAGCGUCAAUCUAGCAGGAAUAUCCAUGGUCGUUCUGCAUGGGCACGAUACGGUGAAAGAGGCCUUCUCACGGCAGGAGCUCAGCGAACGACCACCCGCUUACAUGACCCAGAAGGUUGCCCCUGGUAGAGGUUUCUUAUCAUCCUCGGGUGAGAGCUGGAUUGAAAUCCGUCGGUUCACUAUGGCCGUUCUCAAGAAACUCGGAGUGGGCAAGUCGGCGUUCGAGCAGAACAUCGUCACAGAAGCCGAGAUGUUCAUCGAGGAAGUCCAGAGUCACGGCGGCAAGGCUUUCGACCCGAAGCACGCAAUGAGCAACGCCGUGUCCAACAUCAUCUGCACGGUGGUGUUUGGCAGGAGAUUCCAGUAUACCGAUCCAGCGUUCGAGCAGCUCCUGAAGGUCGUACAUGAAUUUGUUUUGCAGGUGGGGGCAGGGAGUGUGUUCGAAUUUUCGCCGGUUUUCAACAAGCUGACCAUGCUCCCAUUUGUGCGGACCUAUGUCGCCUGCUUAAGGAGCACCUUCGAUCACAUCAACCUGCUGAUGAAAGAGCACAGCAAGGAGAAGAGCGCCGAUCAUCAGGAAGAUCUUCUUGAUAUCUUCUUGAGUGAGAAGAAAAUUAAGGAGCAACACGGCGUGGAGAAUGCGGCUCUGCGACCGGAGAAUUUGAAGCACAUCGUCCGCGACGUGUUCGGGGCCGGGUCCGAGACCACCGCCACCACUCUCCUAUGGGGCAUGCUGUACAUGAUGGCGUACCCUGAGGUACAAGUCCGGGUCCAGAAGGAACUGGAUGACGUCACUGGUCGCAAUCGACUGCCCAGGAUCGCAGACAAGCCUGAGCUGCCGUAUACGGAAGCAGUGUUGUGUGAGAUUCAUCGCCUUGAAACCAUCGUGCCGCUCUCUGUGCCUCACGCAAGCACGGAGGAUACCACUAUCGCGGGAUAUAACAUUCCUAAAGGCACGACCAUCAUGGCUAACAUCUGGCACAACCACUUCGACCCGCUGGUAUGGGAAGAGCCCGAGAAGUUUCGUCCGGAGCGAUUCCUUGAUGGGGAAAACAAGUUUCGUCCCCGCGAAGAGCUCAUGCCAUUUGGAUCUGGUCGCCGCAGCUGUCUGGGGGAGCAACUGGCGAAGAUGGAGCUCUUCGUCUUCUUCACGUACCUUUUGCAUCACUUCACGAUCAAGAAACCCGACCAUGUUCCCGCCGUGUCCUGCGAGGGGAAAUACGGCAUUAUGUGGGUGCCGCUGAAAUUUGACAUCUGCGCCACUGUCCGAGAAUAGGUCAGUUUUUGACGCAUGGGGCGCUGUAACAACGCAAAUUUCUUAGUAAAAACAGUAGAAUAAUUUCCAUUAAUAAAGCAGUUUGAUACCUUAAUUUACUUCUAUUUUUAAAUCGCAGCAUCAUGUAAAUUAACGUAAUGACGCGUCAAUGACCUUGGAUUACCUUUUUUUUGUACUACAACAAUGGCGUCCCCCGAAGCGCCCUCAAUCAUUAACAUAUACCUAAAGGCAAUUAAACGAGAGGGCGCUUUCGCGACGCCAUUUUAUGGGUAGGAACAGCAGAGAUAUCACGCUUAUUGAAGUAUUUUAACACAUUUACUUUAAUAAGGGAAUAGAUAUGUGCUUGGCCGGUUUUAAACAAGUCUGUUAAGACCGACCGAGGGAAUGGGCGCAGAUUCGGGUCGGGCUAUUAUCACGGGCUUUUUACAAUUUUACUUCAUUUUUUUUCAACACCCCUCUGGCUAUGUUAUAUUAUGUGUCUCUCCCGCGUUGUCUUAAACAACUCCUUAUGUGGAGAUUGGCGCGCGCGUGGUGCGCACGUACGCGAUGUGGCGCAGAACGCAGCGGUGCCGUAUGAAUUUAUUAUGAAUUUAGUAGUGGUGAAGUAUGAAUUUAGGACUCUCGAAAUACAGAAUGAUUACUGGCAUUACGCAUGGCUAAGUGAAGAUUCUGAACGUUCAACCAAUACAAGGAUAAAAGGGGCCAGGCUUCAUAGUCCAAAUUUCAUGUGACACUGGAAAAGCGUUGAAGACGAGCUAGCCGGUGUUUUAUCAACCGUUUAAGACCGCCAACGUGGCGUACUCUCUUGGGUAUUUAUGAAUAUGAAUAUUAAAGAGUGUUUGAACUUUAGCAACAUGUCAACUUACAUCAAUAAGCUAGGAUUCGUAACAUGUUUGCUGCUCCAGAAUGGUGUCGCAAAAGCGCCCUCUUUCCCUAAAAAAUAUCACACCGGUCGCAGCGGCUUUUCAUGGCAGCCAUCUUGGAAAUGCUGGUUUUUUUUUUCAAAUGGAUACCGAAUACGCAUAAGUAAUCCUUUUGUGUAUUCAUUGUUACUAAAUUGAAAUUUAAGAUGAUAGAUGCAUUUAAAAUGGUUGAUGCAUUUAAGAGACCUGUAAAAUAAUGAAAUCUGUACAGCAUGCGAGUAUUAUCUCUGCGUUUACUUUUUAUGUAAUCUUGAAAAAUUUCGCUUAAAGUUAACGCUAUGGUCUAUAGCUAAUUAUCUUUAACUGAGAAACAUUUAAAUCUCAUAUUCUGUUUGGACUUUUUUAUGUUUAACCAUGAGGUUAUUGUACGGUGUUAAACUAAAUUUACCUUUUAUGACUAAGACUUUUUGCUUAUGUUCGUCACUCAGCAUGGAUUAAAAUUUGACAUUCAUAACAACUAACUGUUUUACUAGUAUGCAAUAUAGAAUCUGUUAUUAAGCGGCUCGGGCCCGCUAACCCCAUUCCAAAAAGUUGCUUAGCUCAAAAUACUGUUCUUUAAAAUUUUAUAUGCCCAGCAAAAAGUCGGUACAUAGCACCAGGUUUGGACUUGAAUGACCAAAUAAUUAUUUCCUGCAUAUAUUGUGCGUCCAAGAUGUGACGAAGCAAAAUAAGUCUAGCUUUUCAAUCUAUAGGUAAAUAAAACAAAUCAAGGAGCACAGCUUAAAUCCAAA